AUGUCGCUGUCGAAAAAGAGAAGGGUGGACACUGAGUGUCGGAUCUUCCAGGAAAAAUUUACUAAUUCGUAUUUUUUCACGGAGAUGAAUGGGAAAACUAUGUGUUUGGUGUGCAUGCAGCAAGUGGCUGUGCUAAAGGAAUACAAUCUUAAACACCACUACGAGAGUCGGCAAGUUCGGUUCAAUCACAGGGAAUUGAAGUUUGCCCGAAUAGUGAUGUUUACUGUAGAAGAGAUCAACAGAGAUACUAACCUCCUUCCUGGAGUGAGUCUGGGCUAUAGGCUGUACAAUGGCUGUGGGUCCGAAAAUCUGAUACGUGCAGCGGUAGAAGCUGUAAAUGGAGAUGAUUCACAGGGCUGCGGUGAUCGGAUCCAGGCUCUCUUAGGCCACUCAUCUUCUGGAGUUAGUGAAGACAUAAACCUCAUACUAAGCCCACUAUCUAUUCCACAGAUAAGCCAUCUUUCAACAUGUGCUUGUUUAAGUGACAAAAAACUAUACCCCACAUUCUUCAGAACUGUGCCAAGUGACCGCUUCCAAAUCAUCGGUCUGGUGCAGCUUAUGAAAUACUUUGACUGGCGAUGGGUGGGUGUCAUUUCCUCUAUAGGUUUGUACUCAGAAGAAGGUACAGCUGAAUUCAUAAAGGAAGCAAAAAAAGAAGGCAUAUGUGUUGAAUACACUUUACCUUACUCUAAGACUGAGAGUAAACUGUUGGAUGAAAUUGUAACAACAUUAAGGAAAUCCUCAUCAAAGGUGGUCCUGUUGUUUAUGUCCUUAUCUUUCACCAAAUCAUUCCUUUCAAAUAUGGAGAAAUAUAACAUAACUGGAAAGCAGUGGGUUGGCACUGAGUCUUGGAUCACACAAACAGACCUGGCUUCUGUCGAGAGAAUGAACAUUUUACAGGGGGCAAUGGGUUUUGCUCUCACUCUGGCAUCCAUACCAGGUCUUGGUGAAUUCUUACUCAGCUUAAAACCUUCUGAUGAGCCACAGAGUGGCAUACUUAAAAGAGUUUGGGAGAACUUCUUUGACUGCAGUUUCACACCAUCAAAUACCUCUGCUAUGUGCAAUGGCACAGAGGAUCUCAAGACAGUCUCCAGUGACUACACGGAUGUGACACAAUUCAGGGCUGAGAAUAAUGUAUACAAAGCUGUGUACUUGGUAGCAUAUGCCCUUCAUGCACUAUUGCAGUGUGAAAAUGGCUCAAAUCCCACCACAGGAAAACCCUGUGUGAACAAGAGUGAAGUUCAGCCUAACCUCGUGUUGGAACACAUCAAGUAUGUGAACUUUACGACCCAGAAUGGGGCUAAGGUUUUCUUUGAUGAAAAUGGAGACUCAGUUGCCCAGUAUGACCUAGUUAACUGGCAGAUGAAAGAAGAUGGCUCUGUUGAGAUUGUAAAUAUCGGUCAAUAUGAUACAUCUUUUCCAGAGGGCAAAAAAUUCCAACUGAAGGACGACACCAACAUAGUUUGGGGAGGAAACAGUAAUAAGGUGAUAAGGUCCGUGUGCAGAGAACCGUGCCCACCAGGGACUCGUAAGGCCAUCAACAAGUUUAAGCCUGUGUGCUGUUUCGACUGCUUUCAGUGCCCUGAGGGCACAAUAAGUAAUCAGACAGAUUCUAUCGAUUGUUUGAUUUGUCCACCUGAAUUUUGGCCAAAUGAAAAGAGAGAUCAAUGUCUUCCAAAACCUAUUGAAUACCUUUCCUACCAAGAGAUCAUGGGAGCACUUUUAACUGGAUGUGGCUGCGUUGGCGUAUUUUUGUCUUUUCUGACAUCAGUUAUUUUUUUGACUCAUAAAGAGACUCCUAUUGUAAAAGCUAACAACUCUGAGCUGAGCUUCCUGCUGCUGUUCUCAUUAAAACUGUGUUUCCUGUGUUCUCUAACCUUCAUCGGUCGGCCCUCUGAGUGGUCCUGCAUGCUGCGCCACACAGCAUUUGGGAUCACAUUUGUCCUCUGUAUCUCUUGUGUUCUUGGGAAAACUGUAGUAGUGUUAAUGGCCUUCAAAGCAUCACUUCCGGGCAGUAAUGUCAUGAAAUGGUUUGGUCCUACACAGCAGAGGCUCAGUGUUCUGACUUUCACCCUCAUUCAGGUUGUCAUUUGUAUACUUUGGUUGACAAUCAACCCCCCAUUCCCAAAGAUGAACAUGAAGUACUAUAAAGAAAAGAUAAUCUUAGAGUGUGCUCUGGGCUCAGCGGUUGGAUUCUGGGCUGUGUUGAGUUAUAUUGGACUUCUUGCUGUCCUGUGUUUUAUACUUGCUUUUCUUGCUAGGAAGCUGCCAGACAGCUUUAAUGAAGCCAAAUUUAUCACCUUCAGCAUGCUGAUAUUCUGUGCAGUCUGGAUCACAUUUAUCCCAGCAUAUGUCAGCUCUCCUGGGAAGUUCACUGUGGCUGUGGAGAUAUUUGCCAUUCUGGCCUCCAGUUUUGGUUUGUUGGGAUGCAUUUUUGUUCCAAAAUGUUACAUUAUUAUCUUCAGGCCAGAAAGAAAUUCCAAAAAAUAUCUGAUGGGAAAAAUACCACCAAGAACUCUGUAA